GCCGUGGAGCUGUAAGUGACUGCGCGAGUGAGGGGGACGCCAACAAUAUCCGGUAAACAAAGAUGGCGACUGCUGACUUCAACAGAUUGUUGUAGUUAUCAUGGAUUAUUUAAACUGAAAUCAACUGCUGUCGACAACGUACGCCCCUCUCCCUUAUCUGAGAAGUACCCUCUUCAUCACAGUUAUGUCUACAGGAGUCAUCAUGAAAGUCUCCUCCACUGUGCCCAUCCGGGGGCCCGGAGAUGGUAUGGAGAUGGACAAGCCGGCGGUGGCCCCGGAGAUCUCCACGGAGAUACCACUGCUGAAGGUGGCCACCCCGAAAGUCAGUCCCCGGCGGCCCGCCAUGCCGGCACCAGCACCAGCACCAGCACCAGCACCAGUACCCUCUCAGGCUCCUGGAGUGUUGCACCUUGGGAAAGUGAGCCGCGAGGCUUGCACGGAGGUGGAAGCCGUCCGCAUUGUGGUUCCGCGCGCCGCCAUCAGCAGGAGCACGCGGGUCGGGCCGCACGACGAGGGGAGGGGGGACUGCGGGAGAGGCGGAGAGAAGGGGUCGCCCCUGCACACCGGGGAGGACCACUCCGCCGACCUGCUGGAGUGGAAGAGUGCCAUGGAGAAGCUGCAGAACUCAGAGCGAAGGCUGCUGCAGGAUAGAGAGGGUCUGUCGAACCAGUUACGGGUGCAAACUGAGGUGAACAGAGAACUGAAGAAGCUGUUGGUGGCGUCGGUGGGGGACGACCUGCAGUACCACUUUGAGAGGCUGGCGCGGGAGAAGAACCAGCUGAUCCUGGAGAACGAGGUGCUGGGCCGCAACCUGGCGCACACCGCAGAACAGCUGGAGAGGAUGAGCAUCCAGUGUGACGUCUGGAGGAGCAAGUUCCUCGCCAGCAGAGUGAUGGCUGAAGAGCUGACCAAUGCCAGAGCCGCCCUCCAGAGACAGGCCAGAGAAGCUCAGAGCGCCAUCCAGGACCUCCUGAAUGAGAGAGAGGAGUUCUCCAGAGACAUGGUGCACACACACAGGUCUCUGGAGCAGCUGCUGGUGUCCCUGCAGUGGGGUCGUCAGCAGACGUACUACCCCAGCGCCCAGCCGCUGAGCACCGGGGAGCUGGCCGUGACCAACCGCAAGCUGGCCGAUGCCAUCAAUGCCCACUUACUGGGCAACGUGGGAGGCAGCAGAAGCCCCAGCCCCAAGAGCAACCCCAGCUCAGAGCUGUGCAACACGCCUGCAGAGAAGAUGGCUGAAAAGGUGCUUCGGACUCUGGACCCUAUAUCUGGCGUGGAAAUCCAAGGUGAAGACGACUCCCCCGACUCGCCAACUUCGUCCUUCCUGCCCAAUAAGAAAAGCAUAGGACGGUUCCACCCGUACACGCGAUACGAGAACAUCACUUUCAACUGCUGUGAGCGCUGCAAUGGAGAACUGCUGGUGCUAUAGAGGGGUGUCCAGACAGUUAUUGCCUUCCCACUAGUGGUAUACAGUAGGUAACUACAGACAGACUGUUGCUGGAGAUAUGGAGAGUGCAGAGGUGCAAAAGUCCGGCUUCAGAAAGUAAAAUUCCUGCCCCAUUUUAGUUCCAACCAUUCACUUAAUCAGAUGAUUAUUAUUACCACAGCUCGUAGUCGUAGAUCAGGUACUUUGUGAAAUCACCUGUGUCAAGCGCGCAGGUAGAGGAAAUACAUGACAGGGCUUUUACUUUCUGAUGCCGGACUUUUACAUCUCUGGUAGAGUGCUGGUGUCACACCAUGUCUUAAGAGACUCGAGGGUACAUUGAUUCUUGGCUUGAUUUUUUUUUUCUCAGCACUUGUUCUGCUUGGGAAAAAUCAAAGCCUAUACACAUUGCAUCCAUUGCUUUUCAUGGGGUUGAUGGAGUUUUUGAGCGACAUGAAAUAGGACUGGAUAGUAAUAGGAUAAGUGCAGAAUAUUCACAAAUUUGAUUUUGCCGAAACCAGUUCUAUUUCAUCAGUGUAAACUGAACCAGUACUUGUUAAAAAAUAACAUUUCAGGGUGAGUGUAUAUGUUGCUAGGCUUGAAGAGUAAACUUUCAGACAACAUUGGAACUCCAGUGUAGUAUCAACUUCCCAAUUGGAUGGUGCAUACAUCUUGACUUGGUUCCAACUUUGUAACCAAAGAGUGUUAUUAGUGAAAAACUCAAGCAUUCCUGGGUGUAGUGAGGCUGAUGUUUGAUUAGUUGUACUGCCCAGGUCAACAUGAACCUUGUUGCAAUAUGAACGCCUACUUGAAAAGAGGUGCUGCUGUAGAGAUUGAUUUGAGAUUACCACGUUUUACUUGAAAUGUCUAGAAAGUUUGUAUUAUGGCUGCAAAAUUGUAAACUGUUUUCUAAAGUAUAUUAUGAUUUUAA